AAGCAGCAUAUUUCAUCCAUUUCCAUUCACUCUCCACAGGAAAAACCAACCCCAUAUAAUAUAACAUCUAACAGGCUUUUUGGCGCAGCAUAAACCUUCCCUAAAAUCCCUCUAAUCACCCCAUAAAAGUUUCCAUAACCAAAGAAAACUAGAUAAACAAAUAAACAGAUCAGAAGACUGUAAAUGGAGGUAAGGUUUUUAACAUGGUUCCUAUUCAUAUUGUGUACUCAAAGUUUAACAUGUUUGGGGUUUGAAGGCUUUCCCACAACAAAAGUUGAAGAUUUCAACCUCACUGAACCAAAAUUUGGAGGAGAGCUUCAUGUGAGACACACAGAUGCAAACAUCUCAAUUGGAUUAUAUGCAGAAAUUGAAAGAAGAGGAUUAGAGGGAAAGCAUGAACUUAUUUUUGACAGAAAGGGAGCGUCCGGACAGAAAGGAAAGGGAACGUAUGGUAGUGGAAAUCCGACUCAUCGUCAACAUAACAGUAAUGCUCCAGCUUCACCAUCAUCAAGUAUUUGUUUCGUGUCUACUGUUAUGAGAUACAUAAGCUUGGCAGCUUUCAUGGUAGUGUUGCUGCUUGGGGCGUUUUAACUUUCAAUAAGCGACUCUAUCAUCAAGUAUUUGUUUCAUGUCAGGCUUUUAAUAAUUUCUGGGACUUUGUUUCAUGAACAGUUUCUUUCAAUUCAUGGAAAGCCAAUGUGGUUAAUAAUGUAUGCCAGGUUUCUGCAAUUACUUGUGUGACUUGUUAACUAUGAUUGUUUUAUUAAAAAGUGUUACUGA